CAGCAGCAACAGCAGCAACAGCAGCAACAGCAGCAACAGCAGCAACAACAAUUAACACAACAACAAUUGCUUGCUUUACAACAAUCUUUACAAUCCAAUAUGAGCAUGAACACAAGUUAUGCUACAAACAUAUCCACACCUACUACUACUGCUGCAAGUACACCGAAUCAUACACUAUUCCCUGCUCAACAAAAGGACACGAGUACUAAAUCUUCACCUGUGCCUCCUACACCGCCAUUACCUUCCCCUAGUAAUCCACAAAGACCUCAGCCUAUUGUUCAAAAAGCACCUACAGAUUCGAUUCUAUCAAAACGACUUCCUGAAGAAGAAUUACAACAUCGAGAAGUGAAAAAGAGAUUUAUUGAAUCACUUUUGGAGGAUCAUAAGCUUGUCACACAACCUGAUUAUCAUACACCAUUUACCUCUUUAAAAGAUGCCAUGGAUCGACUGAUGCCUUAUCAUAUUUACCAGUACCCUAAACAUGAUUUAGAUGCCAACAAAAUCCCAUUGGAACGACAAGACCAUACAAUGAUUGAGAUCUUUAAAUGUCAAACAGACUUGUUUGUCAAGUUUUCUGUCAUUGCUAAAAAGAUGCAUCAACAACAGGACAUGACACUCAAGAUAAUAGCCCAAAGAGAAGUAGUGGCUGCUCAAAGACAGAAAUUGACAGAUGAACAAUCCAGAGUGGCUGCAGAACAAGCUGUUCAACAACAAGAAAUGUUACGACUACAGGCUGAAAAGGCAAGAUUGGCUACUGAGCAACCACCAUCAGAUCCAUUUCAAGCUGUGAAUUAUGCCAAUGGUCUUGCUCAAGCAAGUGCUUUAUUACAGAACCCACAAUUCUUGAAUCACUAUAACCAAUUGAGUCCUGAAUUACAACAAAGACUAUUAAGAAACAGAGAACAAUUAGUGGCUUUAAUUGAAAAACAACAAUACAACAAUAACAUUUCACAUAAUAAAUAAAUUGAAUGGAGUUUAAAAAAGAA